AUGGAGAAGGAAAAUCCUCUAUUGCCAUUUGCUUUCAACAGCUCUUCGUUCAACGAUAACCUCCCAUUAGACACAACUCCACGGAAAAGAGCUGUACGGGACGAAAAUGUCAGUUUGGCUUAUCGUACCCGGAAGUCGGAAGCUUCGCGAACUCUCAACCGUCCCACAUUGGCAUUUGCUCCCAGUCUCAAACGUAAAAUGGGAGAAAGUUUCAAUGAAAAAGAUGAUAUCAAGAGAAGAGAAACGGAAUUCGACAGCGAGCCCACUGUUUUGGAAGAUUCAGAAGAGGACGACUACAAGGAGAAUAUCAGCUACAAGUCAAUCUUACCUCCAAGUAGUCCACCAUUGGACCAUCCGCUAGUUUCCGAAUUUGACUUCAACACAAAUACGAACUCUCGGUAUGACCUUCCGGAAUCCCCGGAAAACAAGCACGACUACAACGAUUUCCCAAGCGAAUCUCAAUCUUAUUCACCAGUCAAAGCAAAACAAUUCAGUUCAGAGGCCGAUUUCGGAAUCGACAGUUUCAACAGAUUCAAAAAUAUAAGCAAUCGCUGCCCUUCAUCCACUGGAGACAGAGCUUUCGAAGAGUCACAGGUUUCGUAUGUCAAAGCCCGAGACAUUAUCUUAGCAAGUUUUGAAGAUGUCAAGACAGUCAUCGACUUGGAAGGCAUGAGCUUGUACGAAUUGCCGGAUGAAAUCAAGGACAUGAAUAACUUGGUCAUUUUCCAGUCUGAUUUGGAACCCAUUUCGUACCAGCUCUACUUAUCGAACAACAAGUUAAGAUGCUUACCUCCUUCACUAUUUAAAUUCACAAAGCUCAACGUACUUGGUUUGAGACAGAAUAAGAUAAGCAGUCUUCCAGCAUGUAUCAAUAAGUUAGUUCAUUUGACUGAUUUGAAUAUCGGUUCCAACAGAUUACAAUUUCUACCAAGUCAGAUCCUUGAAUUGCCUUCUUUGCAAACUUUCAGAGCUGGUCCCAACCCAUUUCUAAAAGUGCCAGAAGAUGCUAUUCCUGUGGAAAAUAUUGAAGGGAAUAGCUUACGACAAAAGAAAUUUGUAUCGAAACCUCGUAUUCUUGCUUCCAACCGUAGUUUGGUUCCAUCGCUCAAGACAAUUUGCUUAAAUAGGAUUGCUCAAUAUGAUGUUUCGUACCAAGAAACGAAGAAAUGGAAGAAAUUCACACCAAAACUCUACCAUAGCAUGAUAAUUCGGGCAAUCAAGAAAGGUCAUUAUCACCAGAGCUGCAGCGAAUGUUCCAACAUUGUAGUGGAAGCAUAUGCAGAGGUGUUUGAAUGGUGGGACAUAUUGCAGAAUAAGAAUGUUCCUGUCAGAAGACAACUUUGUUCUGGAGGCUGUUUAGAGAGAUAUCAAGCACAUAAUAUUAACGAGAUAGAUGAAAUUGCAUAA